AUGGAACUAUCUUCGAGUUUCGCAGCGUUGAAUAUUAAUUCUCCGCACGCAGAGCAAUUCUUCCACCACUUCGUCAAAGAGAUGCCAGAUAUCCUGACCCUCCCAACAGAAGAAAACGAAUCGUUGGUACCGGUAAUUGUCGCAAUAGCCCGGAGGGAUAAAAUGAUUUCAAAAGCCCUGCUCUGCGUCGGAGCAUCGCACCUGAUCAACAAUACGCCCGCAGCUGAAACCCGCAGUGUAACGGAGGAAAGGUUAAAGUUGCUACAAGAGGCCGAAAAAGAAUUAUCGUCACGAGUCGCUGCAAUGAAGACUGCAGAUCCCGAGGCCUUGUUUGCCGGUUACCUGUUGCUGUAUCUGUACGAGCUGUCGGAAGGGACUGGGAAUGGAGCGUGGCGGGUGCGAUUAGACGGUGCGAGGAGUAUCAUUUUUAAUAUGCUUGGGGCAUACAAAGAGCCGUCGCGUGAAGACCUUGAAGAUCUAGGCAUUAACCAGUCCCUCGUACAAUUCUUCAUCUACCACGACACCCUGGCGAGUGUGACUCUUCAGCAACCGCCCAGGAAGAUCCUAAUCUCCAAAAAGCCGUCGAGCAAUCAAAGCGAGCACGUAUUCGGGGUGAAUAAUGGACUUCUAAAUUUCAUCGCACGCGUUUCCGCUCUCCAGUCAGAAGCCAGAGCCGCAGGGGCGAUAUCCAGCCCGAUCAUCGCGCAAGCAUUCUCCAUCUGGAAAGACAUCGAUAAAUGGAGACCACCAGCAUACAGCUCAGACGAUGAGGAAUCGUUCGACUACCGCAACAUGUGCGAAGCCUAUGUCGCUGCAAUAUUCAUCUGGCUGUUUGUCAUCGUUUAUCCCGACAAUCUUGCUGAUGAUAAGGUGCAAGUCAUGGUCCGGAAGGGCUUGGAGAAUCUGGAUGCUAUUGACGAACCGUGGCUGAUGUCAUUUGGGCUGUUUCCGGCGUUUCUGAUUGCUGUUGCUUGCGUGCAUGCUCAAGAUAGAGAGCUGUUGGAGGAUCAAUUAGAUAGGAUUGAGGAGGCUCGUCGGUUUCGGAAUAUUCAGGUGUGCAGGAAUUUGAUUAGGAGUUCUUGGGCAUGUUAUGAUGCUGGGGAGCGGAAAAGUUGGGAUUGGAUUUGUCUUAUGAAGGCACAGGGGCUGAGCAUGUCGGUAACUUAG